CGUUUCUCGCUGCGAUCGGUGUGUCUAUAGACUAGAGAACAUUUAUCUAUCUCUGCAAGGUUCCCGAGGCUUCUACAACAGCUAUCCUAACAUCCAUUUGGUAUACUUAAGUCCUGACAAACCAGUAAGUCUGAAUUCGGUCUUAUAAAAUUGAAGAAAAUUAAUGUUUCUGGAACUACUUGAAAAACAUAAGUGUAGUGAUGCGUGGAUUACAUCUCUCGAUAAACAAAUCCAGGAUAGCGUGCGUCGCUGAUAUAAUAAUAAAAGAAUUAUAAUUAUUACAAAUUAUAUCGCCUGUUUUCGAAUAUAAUCCAGUAAUAAGUAAAAGAACAGUACGGUGAAAUACGAAGGUAUUUGCGAGCACACGCGAACCAGUCCUGUCCAUCCUAGACGAGUCAAGAUAGUCUACUCUUUGUUUUCAAGUGUUUAGUGUGGAACUUGCUUUACCUGUGUUAAGUGUACCGCCUCUUAUAUUCAAGGGCCAGUAUAGGAUGCAAACGCUGCUGCUGCUGUUUCAAAUGGGCCUGGUGCUCCUGCUGCUGACACAGUGGACCUGCGGUGCACUGUGGCCCUUGAGGACCUUCAUAGUGAGGGACAUGACCUUACAAACAAAAACAAGUCUCAUCGAGACCCUCACUACCACCAGCGUCUGCAGGUGCAAGAUGAGGUGUCUGGCGACUGUCAAAUGCGUGUCGUUUUCAGCGGAGAAAGUGGCUGAUCAAAACUUCCUUUGUCGCCUGUCAGCUAAUACUCCCAGGGGAAACAAACCUAUCAGCCAGCAGGAUGCAGUGUACGGCUUCAAGCUGGCUAAACUCUCUAGUUACUUUGACGUGACGGAGGAGGCUGACGGCCUUAUCUACUUCUCACCAUUUAAUAUAACACAAAAUGAUAUUCCUUCGGCCCGGUCAUUCUGCAAAAAGUUUCCUGGGUUUCGUCUUGCCAUCUUGAGGACGGACCAGCAGAUACAGAUAGGCAUGAAGUUCUCGACGUGGGUUAGUAGUUGGGCACUCCGCAUCGAUCUGAAUAAAACGGUAUCCCAACUUAGCUGGGGAGACAGUACGUAUUAUGAUUAUCAACUGCAAAACAGGAUAAAGGCCUGGGGAAAUAGCGACGAUGUUUCCUUCUCAGUCAAUCAUGAUGGAAUCCGUGUAAUCGACGCACAUAAUACAGAUCAAAUCAUUCUUUGCCAAGGCAACGAUAAAGACGAGGCUUGGUAGAGAAGAGAGGUGAUAUGAACUGAGCUAAUCUGCAGAAAAAGAAAACAGCACUUGGAACAGCAAAGACAAAAAAUACAAAUAUUUUCUUAUAGUAUAGUUAUUCCAUAAAUACCAGGAAAACACUAUGGUCCAGAAUGUUACAUAAACACACUGUGUGUGCACAGGUUGUUUUAAAAUGCCCGAAACGCUGCGCGUACUAGUGGCUUUACAAGAAUGUGAACACCAUGCUAUGUAUUCUCACAAAUCCAAUGUACCUUCUUGUAUAUAAAUAAAUAAAAAUAAAUAAAUAAAUUAGGCAAAAUCAAUGUCGUGUUCAGGGAGCAAGACAGGAGAAACCCGACCAAAUGAGUAAACACUUUUAACUUGAACUGACCAACAGGGAUAGUAAGAAGGGAUAAAGAAGAGCGUAGACAAAAUUAAAAUACGGAAAAGAAUAGGAUAAAGGCUGGAGAGGUAUUGGAUACCUCUACAAAUUCCUUUAACGAGUCGGCUAGUGAAUCAUAUUCCAAUCCAUACACUGAAGGCGACCAUCUUACCCUUGGCAGUCAGAGUUCACGACAAAAAUUACUUGUAAAUUAUUUAAAUUGUAAAUUAUUAUAAAUAAAUAAUUAUAAUUAUAUUAAUAAAUUAUUAAUUCAAUGUAACUUGAAUUACUCCAUAACCAAAUAUUUCCCCACACAGACAAGUGAUUAUGGAUACGAACGUCUUGUAUACAAUCAUAAUCAAUUUGUACUUGUCUCACGUCUCAUUGUACAGUAAGACUUUUUAUACAUUGUAGUGACCUCAGUGACUGCUACACUCUGGUAUUCCAGUAGAACUUUGAUAUAUAAACAGUUUCGCUUGGAUAUAUACCAUCUGCAGUUUCUUUUGUUAUGUUCUAAGACGUUCAAGGUUCUGUGAUGAUAAAUAAUAAGUUCACUUAUAUUAUGAGGGAAAGCAGAGUAGCAGUGGCUUCCUACUUGGCCUAGUAUCCAAUGACCGAUUUAGCCAACGAGUCGAGUUUUCCUUAUAUUAUAUACUUUUCUAAAAAAAAAUUUGUUAAGGAUGAUAAAGCUUUCCAUUAUAUUAUAUACGAUUAUAUUUUAAUUGGAGUUAAACUAAUGUAGAAAUAUGACCAAACCUAAGUCAGUAAUUCAUGUU